UGCGGCUGCGCUGGUAUGGGGUGGAAGGAUUCUUCAUUCACUUCAUGUGCUGCUUCCUUACAUCUGUCAGUGUGACCGUCUUCCUACCAGUUCGACUGCUGCUUCAUAGCCUUUGCUGCUUACUAUUAAAUCAUGAAGAUCUGGACCUCGGAGCACAUAUUCAACCAUCCUUGGGAGAUGGUGACCAAGGCUGCUAUGCAGAAGUAUCCAAAUCCCAUGAAUCCCAGUGUGUUUGGAGUGGAUGUACUAGGCCGAAACAUUGACCAACAGGGCCGCCUCCACAGUCAAAGGCUGCUCAGCACAGAGUGGGGCCUACCGUCCAUUGUAAAAUCUCUCAUCGGAAAUGUACGAACAUGCACCUACAUUCAGGAGAGCUCGAUUGUGGAUCCCAAGGAGAAAAUGUUUGAACUUCAAUCUUCAAAUAUCACCUUCACAAACAUGGUGUCUGUGGAUGAAAAGUUAACCUACACACCACAUCCUGAAGAUCCAGAGAAGACAAUAUUGACUCAAGAAGCUAUCAUCUCAGUGAAAGGCAUCAGUCUCAGCAGUUACCUGGAGGGGGUCAUGGCCAACACCAUUUCAACCAAUGCUGGAAAGGGCCGUGAAGCCAUGGAGUGGGUUAUAAGAAGGCUGAACACAGAGAUCGAGGAGCUGGCAGCCACAGCGCGAGGGACCAUACGAACCCCAAUGGCUGCUGCAGUCACAGAGAAAUGACACCUGCCUCACUAGUUUAGAGACUGUACAUCAAGACCACCAGCCUCCCUUUAUGAUGCUCUGGUGCUGAUUUGGUGCUCUGGGCUUUCUGUAGUGUUCAAAGGGUACACUCGUAAACUUUACCAUCUACAUUAGAUGUAUUUAAAGCAGCAGACUGCAGCAUGAAUUGGUUCUGAAGAGACUUUCCAGGGCAGCACAGCACUGAUGUGGGCGACAGAUGGAGAAACAUGCGGCACACUCAGGGACAGGUUUAAACACUACUGACAGGAGCAACUGGCUGAACCAGAAACACAAGAAAAAGUGCCAAAGCAUACCUUGCUUUUUGUCCAGUACUCUCUCACACCUAUCUUUGCCAGAUGUGCUUUUGUGGCAGAUAUCAGAAUGUCAUCGACUGUCCUAGUUUCAGCUUCCUACAAAGAUGAACUGUAAAGAGAGGCAGUUCUUAUUGAAAUCCAGAAAAGACUGUAGGUGCUUACAUUGACCUGUGAUGGCAGAAAACUACUUGUGAAAGUGUCAUUAAAAUUAUGUUUAUGAACAAAAGUUGGAGUAAAUAAGGAGGUUAAAGGGUCAGAAACCCUCUCAACACUUUUCUGUGGGACCUCAGCAAUACUGGGACUCUGUACUGGGCACCAUGUGCAAGCCUGAUUCUAACUGUAUUUAAUAACUUGUUAUAAAUGUUUGUCUUAUGAGGGGAUCAAACUUGCCAUAUUUAUUACUUUGAGUUGAUGGGAAGAUCCUUUCCAAUGCGACAUCAGGAGCAAUCUUUUGUUGGUGUAUUUAAGUGUCUUCUGUCAUAAAACUGAUUCAUGACCCUUUUAUAUAUGUUUUUAAACUGUUAGUUAUUUAUUUAGUUUCUUCUAAAGAGAGUUGUGGAUUUUUUUU